CUUUCCCAUCUUUCUCAUAAAUCCGUAUUCAGUAUUGAUAAUGUAGUGCACACGAGGGUCUUUAAUUUGAUACACACCAUGAAAAACAGGAUAAUUUGAUUGAAAAGUGUAUUACGGUGUAACACAUAGGUAUGAAUAUUUUCAGAGAGUAGGAUAGCAUCAAUACUUCCAAGGUCGUUACACAAAGUGGGAUUCACUUUGUCGUUAUGCAACAAGAAGUUCCAACAAAAAGAACAACACCUAAAUCCGUCCGAUGGAGUGUUUCGUUUCUUUUCAUGUAUGCUACCAUAUACUGCUUUCAUGUACAUCUUAGGCUGAGAUUAACCCAAACCAAAGACCUACAAUCUCGUGAAAACAAAAUUAUAACGGAUCAUUUCCGGUCUGUGAUUCCCGGAAGUAGUGAUGUCUUCGUCUUUUCGGCGUUUGGAAUUCACUCCGACAGUGACGAUUUCUCUCAGUCGGACAAUGUCACCGUCUCUAUUAGUUCGGUUGUGGACAUGGAUUCGCCAGUGCGUGACUACAAGUGUAUUCUCAGACGGAAAGAGUCCCCAACGGCGAUUUGGACGAAAGCAACCUUGCAGUUAUAUCCCGAGAGCCAUGGACGACGGUUUACUGCGGCUGCCUUUUCUUGUAUGGUUAAAGAUGCCAUCGAUCUGGACACAGUGAGUUUAGUUGCAGACAACAAGGAGAAUCCAGCUGUGGUGCUUCCAAUCAUGUUUCCAUCAGAGGCCAAACGUACUUUCACAGUGUGUAUUCCUCCCCUGAACUCGAGAUACAGUAAAGCAUACCAGCUGGUGGAAAUGGUGGAAGUCGGUCGACUCCUUGGAGCCGACCAUUACUUCUUUUAUAACUAUAGCACAGAGUGGAAUGUUGAUGUAGUGUUGAACCAUUAUGAAUCUCGGGGACUUGCUACAAUCAUACAGUGGUCAUUACCACUGGCAUUGCAAAUCAACGGAACGGAUGGUACAUCAGAAGAAGCAAGACUUCACUACUUUGGCCAGCUUGUGAUGCUUAAUGACUGUCUGAAUAGAAAUCGGGGAGCCAGUAAGUAUGUCAUCUUUCAGGAUCUGGACGAACUUCUUAUCCCAAAAAACCAUCAAUCAUGGAACGACAUGUUGAACUCACUGCCAGCCAACAUGGCUGCCUAUAUGUUUCGUUCGUCAUUUUUCCAUUUAGACUGGCCUAAUACGGGCUUAGAUUCCAAUGUAAUCAAUGAAAUCGCUAAGCCUUAUAAGGCAUACGCUUUCAUUAAACAGUACCGAGAAGAGCGCAUUUUUGGACGAUCCGUGAGGUCCAAGUAUAUAGUGGAUCCAUUACAAGUCCAAGUUGUUGGUGUACAUAAUGUGUGGAAAUUCAGGAAGGGAGGCAAGUCGUACCAUGUUCCACCAGAGGUCGCUCUUGUUCAUCAUUAUCGUGAAAUGAAACAAAAUCAACAGAUUCGCUCUCAGAGGGAUAAUAGUACACUGAGAUAUAUAGGCGCUCUGUACCAGAUCCAGCGGACAUGGCGGUCAUUACUUCACAUACCGCUUGGACCAAUCAACUAAGUUCCCGAUGUGCAGACCAAUGAUAAACCAAACUUUGGGUGUCAGUUAUAAGCAAGAUACAGAGCUGGCAAUCAGUUUUUGGAACGCAAAUCACAGUUCGCUAUUCACAAUUCAAAAUUAAUAAUUCAUAUUUGGGGCCUGAAAUUUUCAGGGUAAUCUCCUAGUGGUAUACCACCUCCACUGUGAAAAUUAAGUGAAUUAAGUGGUCAUCUCUAGCUUUUGAGAUUCGGGAUUAUUUACAAUUCAAAAGUGAACUGCAUUCUAGAACGCAGUUCGCAAUUCUAAAUUUUUUGCUCAUAUUUAGUACCGAAAUUCCUUGUGCCGGGAACGAAUUAUCUGUGCAGGAUUGCCUUAAUAAAUUUCUAAACGAAGAAGUGAUUGACGAGUAUAUAUAUAU